AUGUGGAGACGAAUUUUGCUCUUUUUGACACUCAGCAUUGCUAUGGGUGCUAAACUUUCAGACCUAGUCACGAAUCUCCCAGGGCUACCUGAUACUCCAAACUUUGCAAUUUAUUCUGGCUAUCUCUCUAUCCCUAAUUCCAAUGGUAAAAUGCUUCACUACAUCAUGGUUGAAAGCCAAAACAACCCAGCCACAGAUCCUCUUAUAUUAUGGCUUAACGGAGGUCCCGGUUGCUCCUCAAUGGAUGGCCUUUUCUACGAGCAUGGCCCUUACAUUUUCCCAGCAACUUCAACUACUUUGGUAAGAAAUCAGCAUGCAUGGAACACAAAUGCAACUGUCAUUUACAUAGAUUCUCCAGCUGGAGUUGGUUUUUCUGUCCUUGGAGACCCUGUGAAUAACCAAACCAAUGACUUAAUCACAGCUCACGACACUUUGCAAGCUCUUUUGCAAUUUUUCACUGAGUUUCCUGAAUAUAGGAAAAACGAUUUUUAUGUUUCCGGAGAAAGCUAUGCUGGAAUAUAUGUCUGGUCAAGCAUAGGCCGCAACCCUACACCCCCACCCCCCUAAAAAAUGGACCCCCACCCCCCCUAAAAUAUGGCACCCCCACCCCCACCCCCCUUAAUAUAGCAUAAAAUAUAUGAUGAUGCCAAUUUAGAGCAGACGUAAUAAAUAAUUAUUAUUUUAAAUAUUCAAAAUUACUGAUUUAUACAAUAUCCACAUAGCGUAGCACAAUCGAUUAAGAAGUAGGUGGAAUGGGGUGAGAAUUUCCUAUAAAUAUUAAGCACACUACAUAUGAAAAAAAUUGUUAGCAAGCAUAAUAAUGAUCUUUGGUAUUAAUUAGCAAUAUAUCCUGCAUAUAUAUUAUGAACUUUGUGGAACAAUGGCUAAAAGUCGAAUUAGAGAUCCAAAAGUAAAACUGACAAUAGCAAAUACUAUUUUUAUUACCACUAUUGAAUCCUGCUACCAAUUCAGUCCUGCAAUCCUUGUACAAUGGUCAUCAGAUUAGCUUUAAUUUAUGAAUCAAUAAGCUAUUGUAUUGUGCUUGGCUAAUUUAAUAAUUAAUGCCAUUAUCUAUAUCUUUUGGCAUUAUAUUUAUAAAUAUAAAAAACAAAUUUAAUAUAUUUUCUAAUUAAUUGCUAAUUAAUUUAAAUUUAUUAAUUAAUCAUAAAUAUAAAGUAAUUUGUGGACUUAAUUUAACAAUAUAGUGUUUUAAUUGGGUUAUAUUUAAUUUAUUCUGUUAUUUCCUAUCAAUUACUUCUAUAGGAUAAACCCGAGAGGCGGGGGGUGGGGGUGCCAUCUGUGAAAGGGGGGUGGUGGUACCAUUUUUAGGGGGGGUGCCAUCUGUGAAAGGAGGGUGGGGGUGGGGGUAGGGGGGGUUCCCUUAUUGGUGGAGUGGGGGGGUCUCUGGUUGCUACCUAUGCUUGACCAUACGUCCCGACCUUAGUUUAUAACAUUUUGAUGCACAACACUUACACUCCUUAUCAAAGCAUCAAUUUAGUAGGCAUGAUGGUUGGAAAUGGAUGCACAGAUUGGAAUGUUGACACUACCCCAGCAUUCGUAGAAAUGGCAUGGAGUCAUAUUCUUUUGGGUGGCUCUUGGUAUACAAAGCUGCCUUAUGACUGUGAGAAUUGGGAUAAUUUCAAUGGUGAAGCUUGUGAUAACGAUAUUGACUAUACCGUAGGGGUUUUACUUCAAAAUGUCAAUGUUUAUGACAUUUAUGGGGAAUGCAUUCAGCAUACUGGGGAAACUCAUUUUGAAGACAACCAAGGAAAGUUAAGAUUUUUGAGAGAUUCAGGGAUGCUUGGGAUUAUCCCACCAUGUGCAGCGUGGGUCGGAACUUAUACAUACUUAAGGAAUCCACAAGUUUUGAACGCUCUGCAUAUCAAUACCACUUUGUCAAAUCCGUGGUCAUAAUAAUAAAAUGGCUCAGUGCGGAAUUAGUUCUCUCCGAGAACUAUUCCUUCCUUCGCUUUUAUUAUUAUUAUAGGGUUCAGUUUUCCACGUGGGCCUUUAUCCGCAACACCAAUAUGGAAUACCGCAUAGGGUAUUUCUUUGGUCCAGGAUACUAGGAGCACUUGGUUUUGCUGCUUGACACACCAGAGGAGGGUGACCCUUAGGCGGAACACGCGCAGGAGUCAAGUUCCGGGGAGGCCAACGCGGCCAGUGCGGACCUUCUGGCCUGAAAAGUGAAGUCUUCUGGAAUGCCUACAUAUAGGGAGGAUCGCUGCUGACGUCACUAGUUGGGAUUUUAAAAGGGUGGGCUAUGCAUGCCUAAAUCACCCUGCGGAAGAGGGAAAAAACUUUAAACACCUAAGUAAGUAAGUAAGUAAGCAAGCAAGUAAGUAAGUAAGUAAGUCAAAUCCGUGGUCAUUGUGCUCAAAUAUUGAUUAUCAAUCAGAUUACUUGCAUGGAUCAAUCUACACUUAUCCAUACAUCAUCCGCAGUGGAAUAAAAAUCCUUGUAUACUCAGGAGACACUGAUGGAGCAGUUCCUACUAUUGGAACAAGACAAUGGAUUAAUAGUCUUAAUUUAGGCUAUCAACAGCAGUACUCGCAAUGGUAUGUUGACGAUCAAGUUGCAGGGUGGUAUGAAAUAUAUAAUGGGCUUACUUUUGUAACAGUGAGAGGAGCAGGACAUAUGGUCCCUGAAUUUAAGCCUGCACAAGCUCAUCAUAUGCUACUUGCUUUUCUUAAUAACCAAAAGCCUUAAUCCACCCUUUCCAAAAGUGAUCAAGAAUUUUUUCUUACUCCCCCCCCUCCGUGAGUGAACAAAAAAAAUUUUGUUCACUCACGGAGGGGGGUUAAUUUUUUUUUUUAAAACAAAUUUAUAUAUAAAUUUUAUAAAAAAUUUUUUUUUCGAAAUUUAAAAAAAUCCUAAUUCGCAAAAAUUGGAAAGCAAAUAUUAAUUCAAUUUGCAAAAUUUAUGUUUUAAAAUUCAAUUUGUUUAAAAUUAAACAGAUUUAGCUCUAUAUUUCAUUAUACUAAUUAUCAUUUAUAUAUUAAAAUUUUUUUCCAUAAAAUAUUUUUCUAUUAAAAAAAUUUUUGUUCGCUCACGGAAAAAAUAGGAAUUUUCUAAUGGUUUUGUUCACUCACGGAGGGGGGGAGUUAGUUUAAUUUUAUCAGAAUAUUAUUAAAUUAAAAAUUAUAUUCAUCUAAUUUUAAAAUAUAUUCGUAAAAUUAAGAGAAAUAGUAACAGAUUUUAUUAGCAGCCACUAUUCAAAUAUUAAAAUUUUUAUAUAAAUUGUUUUUCCACUAUUAAGUUAAUUUACCGUAAAAUAUACAUUUCAAGUAGUUUUGCUCUCUUAAAGGGAUAAGUUAG